AUGGGGGCUCACGGCCUUUUAGGAAACGAGCCCGAGUCUAUCGACUACACCGUUCACGAAGCUUGGAAUGAGGCGACCAAUGUUUACCUGCUGGUUAUCCUGGUUAGCUUCGGCCUGCUUAUGUACGCCAGGAAAAAUAAGCGGAAGAUCAUGCGGAUCUUCUCCCUGCCUCCUACCGUUGGGAGCAGCCCGGAGCCAAACUUCUACGACAGCCUGCAGAAAGUCCGCCUGAGACAACAGCUGGAAAUGUACUCUCUAGCUAGGAAAUAUGAUCAGCAACAGCAUCAGAGCCAAGCAGACAGUGUCCAGCUUUCCAUGGAAUGA